UUCCCAUUUAGCAUUGGUUUUCCCAUCUAAAAAAUAUAUCAAAGCUCAAGCAUUGAAAGAAAUAGAGUAAAGAAAGAACAAUCAUUUCAAAAGCAAAUCAUUCGUCACUUUCUCCUGCUUCCUCACCUAUCAUUCAAACCAAAAGCAAACACUACUUCCCUUUUUUUUCACUUAUCACUAAACUCACCCGAAACGACGUCGUUUAAUAUCUCAGUGAGACAAAAUCUCCAACAUCGUCGACCAGUGAUCACACAGAAAAAAUGCAAGAUCCACGCAACCAGGUUCCACCUUCUCCCACCAUCUCCUCCGUUUCUUCCUCCGAUCUUGAUACAGAGGUCAGUGUCUACAAAUCCUAAAUCAAAUAGUCGACAGGAUCAUUCUUCCAUGACAGAAGCAUCACACUUGGAACACUCAUGGGGUUUAGUUUCACAGCAACCAUGCCGAUGAUGCCGCCAUUCAGAGCUUCCUCUCACCGCCACGUGUCUCCCUCCAUCUCAAUCUCACGUGCCUCCAGCUCCAACGCAACAAGACGCAACCAGAGGAAACGUCCUCCUCCGAACUCGUCCGAGCGGCAUCGCCGUCGCAAGUGGUGGCGCUUCUGCCGAGACGACGACGACGACGACGCCGGGAACGGUAUGCACCGUGGCUCCGGUGAUUGUAGACGGUCAUCGCUCGGUGAGUAUCUGGAGGUGGAACGGAGGUCUGGAGACGAAGCUGUCUAUGGCUCAGCCGAGGCGGAGCUAGAGGGUGCGGUGGCGCGUUAUAGGGAACAGCAGCCGGCGGUGGUGGGGGAAAGAGCGUUGUUCGCCGACGGAAGAGUUCUUCCUCCGGCUUCGGCUGAGGUUGCUAGAGGAGAAGGUACGCCGGCGGUUACGGCACUUUGUAGAUUCCCGGUUUCCUUAACCGGCAUAUGCAGCGGAGGCGGAGGAUAAAUCUGUCGGUUGUAUUUUAAAUAUUUGUGUAUAUUUUAAUAAUAUUCAAUAUAUUUUUAGAAUCGUAA